UGAGUGAAUAUAAUGGAGCAAAACAAGACACUGGUGACUGAGUUUGUCCUCACAGGACUUACAGAUCUUCCAGGGCUGCAAGUCCCCCUGUUCCUGGUGUUCUUGGUCAUCUACCUCACCACCUUGGUGGGCAACCUUGGACUGAUUUUUCUCAUCUGGAAGGACCCUCAUCUUCACACCCCAAUGUACUUAUUCUUGCGAAGCUUAGCCUUUGUGGAUGCCUGUUCUUCAACUUCUGUGACUCCCAAGAUGCUCAUGAAUUUCUUAUCUAUGAAUCAUUUGAUAUCCCUCAUUGAGUGUAUCUCCCAAUUUUAUAUUUUUGCUUCCAGUGCAAAUACAGAAUGUUUCCUUCUGAUGGUGAUGGCCUAUGAUCGCUAUGUAGCCAUAUGCAACCCCUUGCUUUACCCAGUGGUGAUGUCCAAUGUUUUCUGCACUCAAUUAUUAGGUGUUUCUUAUAUUAUUGGGUUUCUCCAUCCCAUGAUGCAUGUGGGUUUACUAUUUAGAUUAACGUUCUGCAGGUCCAAUGUAAUACAUUAUUUCUACUGUGAAAUUUUACAGCUAUUUAAGAUUUCCUGUACUGACCCCAGAGUCAAUAUGCUCCUGAUUUUUAUAUUUUCAGUCUUUAUACAGUCUUUCACUUUUAUGAGUAUCAUUCUCUCUUACUCCUAUGUCUUCUUUGCCAUCCUGAAAAAGAAGUCUGCAAAGGGCAGGAGCAAAGCUUUCUCCACAUGCAGUGCCCACCUGCUCUCUGUUUUCUUGUUCUAUGGCACUCUCUUCCUCAUGUAUGUGCUUCCUGGGUCUGGACCAUGUGAAAAUCAGGAUAAAAUGUAUUCUUUAUUUUAUACAAUUAUAAUUCCUCUGCUAAAUCCUUUUAUUUACAGUCUGAGGAACAAAGAGGUUAUAGGUGCCUUGAGGAGAAUAAUGAAAAUAAACAGUUCUUAA